ACAACAACACCGACAUGGCCACCACCACAGCCGCCAAGCGCUCGCACGACACGAUGGCGAACCAGGACGCAGGAGAGGUGGUUCUCCGCGAGCCGCAGAAGCGCUACUACCGCCAGCGCGCGCACGCCAACGUCUUCACGGAUCACGAGCUCGACUACCCCGCCUCGCCGGACCAGAUGGACUGGGCGUCCCACUACCCGGCCUACUUCCCCGCCAAGGACGGCGAGCAGCAGAAGCAGGUCGAGUGGGCGGAUGUUGGGUGCGGGUUUGGCGGCCUGAUCAUGGCGCUGGGACCGCAGUUCCCCGACACGCUGAUGCUUGGCAUGGAGAUCCGCGUCUCCGUCACGCAGUACGUCGCCGACCGCAUCGCGCACCAGCGCCAGGUCGCCAAGGAGCCGGGAGGAUACCAGAACGUGUCGGUCAUCCGCGCCAACAGCAUGAAGCACAUGCCCAACUUCUUCGCCAAGGGCCAGCUGUCCAAGAUCUUCUUCCUGUUCCCCGACCCGCACUUCAAGCUCCGCAAGCAGAAGGCUAGGAUCGUCACCACUGCGCUGUUGGCCGAGUACGCUUAUGUGCUCAGGCCGGGGGGUAUCCUGUACACGGUUACGGAUGUGAAGGACCUCCACGAGUGGAUGGACGCCCACUCGCGCGCGCACAAGCUGUUCGAGUACAUCCCGACCGAGCAGCUGGCCGACGACCCGAUCCUGCUGGCGGCCAAGACGGCGACCGAGGAGGGACGCAAGGUGGAGCGUAACGGCGGAGACAAGUGGGUGGCGUGUUUCCGGCGGUUGCCGGACCCGGAGGAGGAGUAAGCGAGCCGCGCAGCGGCGAGCUGGCGAGCCCAUGGAUGUGGGUUGUGGCGAAGAGGUGUGCAUGUGCGCGCGCAUGUGCGUCGUCCACGUGGGUGGCGUGUGUGCUGCACGACGAGUAGCAUGGCGGAGGUGCGACGAAGUAGCUGCGGCCGAAGAGUGGCUGCAGAGUGGCGAGUGUGGCACGGAUCCCGCGUGGCGGCGUCGUGGGCCGGCGUCGGUAUCACCCCGCAUGGAGGGUUGCGCAGUCGUGGCCAUCGGCCGUCCACGACGCUGCAGCCGGCGGCAGUGGGCGGGCGGGGGACCGCGAGUGGGCGACG